AUGACGUCACGAGAAGGCGCCAGAAGCAUGGCAAGCUUCAGAAGGACAGUUCUGGUUUUUCUGGUUUUUAUGGAAGCUGUACAGAUUUGCUCUGGCGUGCGAGCCGCGUUGCGGCUCCGCAAAAAGUCCAACUCGGCGGAUGACUCGGAAGAUGAGGAGUUGCAGGAUGAGAUGUACAACGACGCAAUUUAUGAUAAGGCGUCGAUUUUUGAGCAGGGGUGUAGAAACCCACGACUUCCUCCAAUUCCUUCGUUCCAUAAAAUACGAUCAUCGUCAGGUACCAGACGACGGAUUCGAUGGACCCGUUCAUGUGAACGUCUCCAUCGUUGUCAGUAA